CUGGUGUCUGCUUUGCACAGCCUCACCAGGCACGUGGUGUAUCGCGGCUUGACAAGCGCAGAAGAUAUCCUCUCUCUCUUUCCAGAAAACUUCCACCAAAAUCUGAAAAACCUUUUGACUAAGAUCAUCUUGGAGAAUAUCUCUGCUUGGAGGAAUGAAGCACAAGCAAGUCAGAUCUCCCUGCCUCAGCUGGUCGACAUGGACUGGAGGGUGGACAUCAAGACGUCUUCAGACAGCAUCAGCAGAAUGGCAGUCCCUACUUGCCUGCUUCAGUUAAAGAUUAAGGAAGAUGUUGCCUUAUGUGGAAAUAGUCCUGUUGUUUCUGCACUGACUGUGGAACUGAGCAAAGAAACCCUGGACACUAUGUUAGAAGGUCUAGGAAGGAUCCGGGACCAACUUUCUGCUGUUGCAAACAAAUGAAUACUCAAAAGGCCUGGAUUCCAGCAGCAAGGAGGGGAAGUAUUCUAUAUCUACACCUACAGCUCUCAUAAGUUGCAUGAAUUUAUGUUUUAACAAAACACAA